AUGACUCCAUCUUGGGGAGGAUUCAUGGUCUCUAAGACUAUUCUUUGCAACUAUGUUUGCUAUGUUUUUAUUUUACAGGCGAGUUGGUCACUUCUUUGUAAAUUAAUAGAAAUUUGUCCAAGUACUCUACAGAACGUAGCUCCUAAGGAUGUUGGAAAGAACUGGGAAGUACUGGGUAUUCACCAGCAGAUUCUUAAAAUGCUUACAAUCCACAAAGGAAAUGUAGAUCUCUCAGCCAUAGGACUGAAAGCAUUAAAUCUACUCCUCGUGUCAGAUAUAAUUGCUUUCCUGCUCUUGGAGGAUGAGGUGGAUGUGUUUUCCUUGGUAUUUAAUGCCAUGCAGACGUUCCCUAAAAAUGAAGAGAUCCAACAACAUGGAUGUAAAGCAUUACACCAGCUUUUUGAGAAAGUUCCAGAAGAGCAGCUGACUGAAUUUGUUGAAAGCAAAGAUCAUAUGAUCAUAUUGAAAGUAUUUAAAGAGUUUCCAGAGAAAGAAGAGGUGAUUCUUCCUGCACUUUAUUCAUUACAUUCCUUAGCUGGUCCAUCCAGCAAUGUUGAAGUGCUCAUGUCUGGAAAUGUUCGCUGCUACAAUGUUGUAGUGGAAAUGAUGAAAAGUUUCCCCAGUAGUGAAGCAGUUCAGGAAGUGAGUUGCUGUUUGUUGCAUAAGCUUACGCUGGGAAAUUUUUUCAACAUCCUGGUAUUGCAUAAGGUUCCAGAGGUCAUUGUGAGGGCUGUUAAAACAUAUUCUGAAAAUGCAAAGUUACAGGCUGCAGGUCUCGCUUGUUUAGCUCUUCUCACUGAAACAAUAUUCUUAAGCCGAGACUUAGAGGAAAAAAAAGAAGAGGAGGAGGACGAAAAAUUAUGCUGGUUGGAAGCCUGUUACAAAGCAUUAGAACAGCACCGGAAAAGCACAGAUGUACUGGAAGCUGCAUGUUGGGCUUUGAAAAAUCUGUUUCUCUAUCAACAGAACCUUCAUGAGAAGAUUGGAGAUGGAGAUAAUCAGUUCCCAAUAGACAGAGAAGUGAUGCUGUCCAUGUUGAUGCAUUCCUCUUCAAAAGAAGUGUUUCAGGCAGCUGCUAGUACUUUAGCAAUUUUGUCACAACAAAAUGUAAAUAUUAGGAAGACGCUUUUGGCUAAGGGAAUACACAUGAAUGUUUUGGACAUAAUGAGGAAACAUCCGCAUUCUCCUGAGGUGGCUGAAAGUUCCUGCAGAAUACUGAAUCAUGUUUUUGAAGGAAGUUUCCCUCAUCUGGAUAUAAUGACAGUAGCUGCAUCAGAAGUUGUAAAAGCCAUGAAGAAACAUGAAAAAUCGCUCUCUGUACAACUAGAAGCACUUCGAGUCCUUUUACACUUUAUGACACCUGGUACAAAGAACGAACGCCAGAAUGGUUCUUCCAGAGAUGUGGGCGAUGCUGCUUUUGCACUUACAUUAAAAGUCAUUAAAAGUCAAUGUUUGUUGGAGGGAACUCAUGCAUUGGUGCUUGAUGCUUUGAACAGGUUUAUUGGAAACCCCAGUAUUCAGAAGUGUGGACUGAAACUACUUACUUCUGUAGCUGAGUGCACUGGUGCUCUAGAAAUUUUAACCCAGCAAGGAGCUACUGACACUGUGCUUCACACCCUGCAGAUGUAUCCAGAUGAACAAGACAUACAGUGUUUGGGUUUGAGUCUUCUAGGCUCUUUGAUUACAAGAAAGAGUUUGUGUAUUGCAACUAUGCAUGUUCUGUCAGCAGUUCUGGUUUCCACUCUGCGACGAUUUAAAGAGGUCACUGAAAUCCAGAUGCAUGGAUUUCACGCAAUCUUGUCGAUUCUUGGUUUGUCACCUUGUUUUGCAAAGCUGCUGGUACAUGAAUCGUUUGACACAGUCAUUUUCUACCAGAUGUCUAUGUGUUUCACUGAUCAGCGAGAUCGACAGUUUCAAAGCCUGUGUUGUAAAUGCUUUGCUAAAAUAGCUGAGAAUGAUGAUUUAAAAAAUACGAUGCUGGAAAAAGCAUGUAUCGAGUACAAUAGCAUUAUGGCUGAAUGUUUACUCUUGCUGGGAGCUGAUAUUAAUAAGAAGACAAAGACGAACUCUUUGAUCUAUCAGGUUUGUGAGAAAGGAAAUAAUCCUAAAUUGGUGGAAUUGCUACUAGCCAAUGGUGCUCGAGAACAGGAUGUUCGGUGUGCUUUAACCAUCAGUAUAAAAAAAGGAGAUAGCCAAAUCAUCAGUUUGCUCUUAAAGAAGCUUAGUCUUGAUGUAGCCAACAGCAGUAUAUGUCUUGGAGGAUUUGGUAUUGGAAGACUUGAACCUUCCUGGCUCAUUCCUUUGUUCCCAGAAAAACUUACUCCUUCAAGAAAACAAAAUGCAGGUUCUGCCCUGGCAAGAAUGGUGCUUAGAUACCAGAUGAAGAAUAUUUCAGAGGAUAAAUCAAGACCCUACUCUGAUUUAAACUUCUCUGAAGAGGGAGUGGAUAAAAACUACGACUGGAAUUUUAUUUCUGACCCAAUAGUGGACAGUGUUUUCCCUUUAAAUGAUGAUAUUGAUAGUGAAGUAGGAAGUGAAGGUUCAUUUUUUACAAAAAAGAAGUCCAAUUCCAUCACAGUUGCUGAUUUAUACUGUAGGGAAACAGCCUUACAAAGAGGUUCUCCUACUUUGCCACGCCAUUCCUACUCUGUGGGACCUGGCUCAGAUUAUGAACCGUUAGUGAAACAAAGAAGAAAAUUACUGCUUUCAGAUGAAUCUCCCAAAGGAAUCUCAAAAUUCUCACCACAUUUAAGGCCAUCAGACAGCCUUUCUUCACUGGUCUCAGAGAAAGAAUACAUUAAAUCACUAGAUCUUUCAUCAAAUGAGCUGGAGAACAUUGAUGCCAUCAGUCAGAAUAGCUGCUUAACUAGUCACCUGGAACAUCUUGAGAAACUGGAGCUCCACCAAAAUGCUCUCACAAGCAUUCCUCAACACCUUUGCGAAAACAUGAAAUGUUUGACUUAUUUGGAUUUGCACAGUAACCGAUUUACAUCCUUUCCUGUUUAUUUACUGAAAAUGAAUUGUAUUGCAAUCCUUGAUAUCUCUCGAAAUGACAUUGGCCCUUCCUUUGCUUUGGAUCCAUACAUCAAAUGUCCAACUCUAAAGCAGCUUAAUCUAUCAUACAAUCAACUGGUGUGCACUCCUGAAUUUCUUGCAAAUGUUGCAGAAAACCUGGAACAGCUCUUGCUAGAAGGAAACAAAAUUUCCUGCUUAUGUUCACCCAUAUGCUUAAAAGAGCUGAAAAUUUUAAACAUUAGUAAGAAUAAUAUUUCAGGCCUUACUGAGAAUUUCUUCAUGGGCUGUAUGAAGCUGGAGCUGUUCAACGCCAGGAUGAAUGCCCUUGAGAGAAUACCUGAUUUGUCCUCCAGCAUAACAAGUUUAAAAUUAUCUCAGAAUCGUUUUAUUAAUGUUCCAGAAACAAUUCUCCUCCUGCCACAUUUGCGAUCAGUAGACUUAAGCCAAAAUGAGAUCAUAAGCCUGCCUGGGCCAGUGCACUGGAAAUCAUUAAAUUUAAGGGAGCUGUUAUUUAAUCACAAUCAAAUAGGCGUCUUGGACUUGAGUGAAAAGGCGUGUGCGUGGUCUAGGCUAGAGAAACUACAUCUGUCCCAUAACAAGUUAAAGGAGAUUCCUCCUGAGAUUGGCUUCCUAGAGAACUUGACUUCUCUGGACGUAAGUCAUAAUCCCGAUUUGAGAUUCUUUCCAGAUGAAAUGGGAAAGCUAUCCAAAAUCUGGGAUCUUCCUUUGGAUGGACUACAUCUUAAUUUAGAUUUCAAACAUGUGGGAUACAAAGCCAGAGACAUUAUUAGAUUUCUUCAGCAAAGACUGAAGAAGGCUGUGCCUUACAACAGAAUGAAACUCAUGAUUGUUGGAAAUACUGGCAGUGGGAAAACAACACUGCUACAACAGCUAAUGAAAUGUAAACGAACAGAAUUGGGAUCUCCAAAAGCUACAGUAGGCAUUGAUGUAAAAGACUGGAUCAUUCAAGGGAAAGGCAAAAUGAAGAAAGAGCUUAUAUUAAAUGUCUGGGAUUUUGCAGGACAAGAGGAGUUCUACAGCACCCAUCCUCACUUUAUGACCCAAAGGGCUUUAUAUCUUGCUGUAUACGAUCUCAGCAAAGGAGAAGCAGAGGUGGAUGCUAUGAAGCCGUGGCUUUUUAAUAUCAAGGCUCGAGCUUCAACAUCCCCUGUCAUUCUUGUUGGCACUCAUUUGGAUGUUUCUGAUGAAAAGCAGCGUAAAGCCUGCAUGAGUAAAAUUACUAGGGAGCUGCUGAAUAAGCGAGGCUUCCCAGCGAUCCAAGACUAUCACUUUGUGAAUGCUACAGAGGAAUCUGAUUCCAUUAUCAGACUUCGGAAGAUCAUAAUAAAGGAGAGCCUUCACUUCAAGAUCAGAGAUCAGCCUGUGGUUGGUCAGCUGAUUCCUGACAGCUAUCUGGAGCUGGAGAAGAGAAUUUUGCUGGAACGUAAAAACGUCCCAGCUGAAUUUCCAGUCAUUGAUCAGAACCGAUUGCUACAACUCGUACAAGAAAGCCAGUUACAGCUGGAUGAAAAUGAGCUCCCUCAUGCAAUUCACUUUCUGAAUGAAUCAGGUGUACUGCUUCAUUUUCAAGACCCAGCGCUACAGCUGAGAGAUCUGUAUUUUGUAGAUCCUAAGUGGCUGUGUAAAAUCAUGGCACAGAUUCUGACUGUGAAAGUGGAAGGCUGUUCUAAAUAUCCUAAGGGAAUUGUAAAGCGUUCAGAUGUGGAAAAAUUCCUUUUAAGGAAGAGCAAGUUUCCUAAGAUCUACAUGUCACAAUACUUCAAGCUUCUGGAAAAGUUUCAGAUUGCUCUGCCGCUAGGAGAAGAUCAACUACUGAUCCCAAGCAGUUUGUCUGAUCACAGACCUGUUAUAGAGCUUCCCCACUGUGAAAAUUCAGAAAUUAUCGUCAGGCUUUAUGAGAUGCCGUACUUUCCUAUGGGAUUUUGGUCCAGACUGAUCAACAGGUUGCUUGAAAUAUCACCUUAUAUGCUGUCAGGAAGAGAGCGAGCUCUUCGUCCUAAUAGAAUGUAUUGGAGACAAGGCAUCUACCUGAAUUGGUCUCCUGAAGCUUAUUGUUUGGUGGAAUCAGCAGUAUUUGACAACAAUCCAGACAGUUUUUUGAAAAUUACAGCACCGUCUUGCAGAAAAGGUUGCAUCCUUUUGGGACAAGUUGUGGAUCACAUAGAUUCCCUUAUGGAAGAAUGGUUUCCAGGUUUGCUGGAUAUAGAUGUGUGCGGUGAAGGGGAAACACUGUUGAAGAAAUGGGCUCUGUACAGCUUUGAGGAUAGUGAAGAACACCAAAAAAUACUGCUUGAUGACUUACUUAAAAAAGCGGAAGAAGGUGACCUUUUAGUAAAUCCAGAUCAGCCAAGACAUACCAUUCCAAUAGCUCAGAUUGCUCCUGAUCUGAUAUUGGCUGACUUGCCUAGAAAUAUCAUGUUGAACAAUGAUGAACUGGAAUUUGACAAGGCUCCUGAAUUUCUCUUGGGUGAUGGUGGUUUUGGAUCUGUGUACCGUGCAUCUUAUGGUGGAGAAGAGGUAGCUGUAAAGAUCUUCAAUAAACAUACUUCCCUCAGGCUCCUACGACAAGAGCUUGCAGUGCUUUGUCACCUCCAUCACCCCAGUUUAGUGUCUUUGCUGGCUGCUGCAAUCCGUCCCCGGAUGCUGGUGAUGGAGUUGGCCCUUAAAGGAUCUCUUGACCGUUUGCUUCAACAAGACAAUGCAAGUUUAACUAGAACGCUCCAGCACAGGAUAGCUCUACACGUAGCCGAUGGCUUAAGAUACCUCCAUUCAGCAAUGAUCAUUUACCGUGAUUUAAAGCCUCACAAUGUGUUGCUCUUUACACUAUAUCCCAAUUCAGCUGUCAUUGCAAAAAUUGCUGACUAUGGCAUUGCCCAAUACUGUUGCCGAAUGGGAAUAAAAACCUCAGAAGGCACACCAGGAUUUCGAGCACCGGAGGUUGCCAGAGGAAAUGUUAUUUACAAUCAGCAAGCUGAUAUUUAUUCAUUCGGCUUGCUUCUGUAUGACAUUUUAACAGGAGGAGGUAGAAUAAUGGAAGGUGUGAAGUUUCCAAAUGAAUUUGAUGAGUUAGCGAUACAGGGAAAGUUACCAGAUCCUGUCAAAGAAUAUGGGUGUGCCCCCUGGCCUGAAGUAGAAAACUUAAUUAGGAAGUGUUUGAAAGAAAACCCUCAGGAACGACCAACAUCUUCCCAGGUUUAUGAGAUUUUGAAUUCCGCAGAGCUUAUCUGUUUGAUGAGAUACAUUUCAAUACCCAGUACCUCCACAGCAGAGUGCAUGGUAGCUGCCAAUCAAAGCUGCAAGAAGGCAGGAGUCUGGAUAGGCAAUGGGAACACAGAAAAAUCACAACUUUCGUUUGUUAACCUAAAUACAGAUGGACAUACUUGUGAGGAUAUUGCAGAUAGUAAAAUUUUAAGUUUGGCCUUGGUGACCCUUCCUCAUGAAAAGGAAAACUGGAUUGUAGCUGGAACACAGUCUGGUUCUCUGUGGGCAGUUAAUACGGAAGAUGAAGCAAGAAGACAUCAUCUGCAGAAAAUGUCUGAUUCUGUCACAUGCUUAUACUGUAAUUCUCUUUCAAAGCAAAGCAAACAGAAGAAUUUCUUUCUGGUGGGCACAGCUGAUGGCAAACUGGCAGUUUUUGAAAACAGAGCAGUAAAGUGUAAAGGUGCUGCACCUUUGAAGAUACUAACUAUAGGGAAUAUUAGCACACCGUUCAUGUGCUUAAAUGAAUCUUCAUACUCAGCUGAAAAAAAUACCAUCUGGGGAGGCUGUGGAACAAAGAUCAUAUCCUUAUCUAGUGAUUUCUCGGUGCAAAAACUCAUUGAAACAAAGACAAGUCAGCUGUUCUGUCAUAACGCUUACAGUGAUGCAAAUAUUAUUUCAAUAGCAGUGGACAAAUCCAUCUACUUGGCAAAGAAAAACAGCCAUUUUGUGGAAAUUUGGGACAAGAGGACAGAAAAACUUUGUGAACUAAUUGACUGUGCACGUUUUCUUAAGGAGGAAGUGGCAAAACUAAAUAAAGAAUCAAAACAUGAAGUGGCUUAUUCUGGAAGAGUAAAGACAAUUUGCCUACAGAAAAAUACUGCGUUGUGGAUAGGGACAGGGGGAGGACAUAUCCUGCUGCUUGAUUUGUCAACACGUCGCCCUGUACGAGUUAUAGACAACUUUUGUGAUUCUAUUCGAGUCAUGCUAACAGCCCAGUUAGGGACUCUUAAGAAUGUGGUGCUGAUUUUGGGGUAUUGCUAUAAAAGUGACACUGAAGACAACAAAUAUCACAAAGAAUUACAAACUUGUGUGUCAGUCUGGGACAUUAACCUGCCCCAUGAAGUUCAAAACCUGAAAAAACAUAUAGAAAUGAGACAGGAACUAGCAGAAAAAAUGAAGAGCUUUUCUUUGGACUGAAGAGUCGCCUUGCAAGUGUCAUUCUCUUUUCUAGUUUUCCAUCGGCUUAACUUUGUGCAAUAUUUAACACUUUGUAUUGCUGGAGUUUUUAACAUAAAACCGGGAGAAAGCCCUGAGAGAGCAACUCCCCAGAUCAUGGGAUACCAUGAAGAAAGAAGAACAUUAUUUGUUAUUUGUAAAUGUGAAAGGACUGAAAAUUACUGAGAAUUUCAGGACCUUAAGUGCCAUCAGGGGUCUGUGUACUUGUGACCAGGUUCAGCUCUCACCAACUAUGGCUCAGCUUCAGCAUAGCUUCUUUCAUCCAGUUUCUGAUCCCAGUUAAAAUGGGAAUAAACCAGGAGACUAUAAAUCGCUCUUAUUUACUUCCUUAUCUCUACUGAGUUGACACUGUAAAGAAAAGCAAAGUUGCAGCCUCUGUUUGCUUAUUGCAGUUUGCAUGUAUAAGAUUUCCCUGAUGCUUCGUGUUUCAGUAGUAAUUCAGAGCUCAUGACCUCGAGUAUGUGAAAGAAAACAUCAUAUUUUAUGCAACAGCAGUGUUUAAAGGAGCAUAUACUGACUACAUUACUCCUUGAAAACAACAGGCAGAAUAGAGUCUUUAUUUCUUCCAUGAAUAGUUGACAUUUUUCAUUAUAAUCAGAAAAAAAAAGUGCUAAAAUAAUAAAAUAUCUCAGAAUUCAGAAAUCAAAUACACUGAUAGGCCUCUGCAAGUUGGCGUCCUCUCCCUGCAGUCUGCCUUGUUCUGGGCCAUGUAGUCUCAUAGUUGUGAACAUCACUAUUCACAUACAUGUGUUGUACAGCUCACUCUGGAAAAAGAGAAAACACAGGGUGAAAAUUCCUGUCUAAAUGCUGCUACAACUUGUACCAAAAAGGAAGAAGUAUGCCGCAGUAACCGCCACCGCUAGUUCUUAGUGCAGCUUGCUGGUUUGCUUAUCUCAGUCUGAAAAAAAAAUGGGAACUUUCAUUUUGAUAUUUAGAACAUGUUCAAAGUCACCAGUUAUUCUUGUUUUAAUUUAUAUCGUUAUUUUGGGGGGUAAGCAAUGGAACCUGGAGGUAUCUAAGAAUUGGCUACCUCUUGUGUGUAACUAACUCCACCAAAUUUUGUUGCAAUACAUCUUCAUUCAAGAGAGGCCUUUUACCGCGCUCUGGCUGUGAGGCCAAGCUUCUUCUUAAUGCAGGUCAGUGCAGGCUAUAUCAGAAGUGCCUUAUUUCUGUCCUCAGAGGACAGAUACCAUUGUUUUCUUUUGCUACCAAAAGAAUCUAUAAAAUGCUCCUGAAAUCUCAAGGAGUGGGAUAUCCCAAGCCAUUCCUGAGUUUGUUUCCUAUGGAGCUGAACAAGGUGCAGCAACCAAAAAAGUUCUCUGUCCCGUUUUUGCAGUUUUGAAGAAUUAGUGCAGUAAGACGACAGCAUUUACUGAACUGUGUUCAACUGCACUUUUGUUCUGCUGAGUGAGUAUGCAGGAUUCCUUUCAGAUAUCCACCCGAAGUUUUUAUAUAUAUUCUUGUAUUCUGCAUAUUGAGACUAAUUUGCUAUUUAUAUGGGAUUUUAUAACUCAGAAAAAUAUAUAUUUUUGUUUGUAAUGAAGACAUUUUAAAAAUUUAUAAGAAUGUAUGUAAUAUGAUGAUGUCUAUUUAUAAGUCAUUUUGAGAUGUAAGCCUUAUUAUACCUUUGUAUUAAAACUCCGCUUUGUUAAUAACAUAGUGCACUUUCUCAUUGCCGAAUUUCCAAGGAGGAGCUGUCACAUGCAAUUUUUGUUUAGCUUAAUCGCUUCCAUCAGGAUGAUCCAGGAUUCCCGUUUUGUGAGUUUUGUUGACACAGCUGCAUUCCCGCUUGCUGUCUGUCACAUAGUGUGUGCCUCCAGCUUUCCCCGGCUUCUCCUCCACUUUGUGCUCCCUACAAGGAGGAGAGCAGCUGUCCUGGGACAGGCAGUUGCUAGAUGUGGGAGGUGACCUGUAGGCAGGAUUGUUGUCCCUGCAGUCAAUUAUUGGCCUCUUUUGAGAUUCUCUGGAUGAAAACGACCCAUGGACUGAGCGUGGCCUACAGGUUAGCAGCCAAGCUACAUGGUAAGUAUUGCUGAGGUGACAACGAAAGAGAUGGUAGCAGCCACUGAACAGAGAUCAUUCAUUACCAAAGCUGUCUAAGUUGGCCACUGUUAAGUUGUCAGUGUUUGUUUAGAGGGCAAAAUUUUGUUAACCCACUAUGACUAUUAAGAAAGGCAGUACAUGUUCUGUGAACCUGCUGCAUCCUUCCCAAACAAGUAUUUUUUGGUAGUGUAGGAAGAGAGUUGGAGAAGACCUUGUGUUAGCGCUUCUGUUCGUUCUCUGCCACGUGACACAGUCUAAAAGUGCAUCUCUGGCAGUCCUGAGCCCUAUUCAGUGCGGCUGCCUGCCUGCUGAGUUUGGCAUUUCACAGAGAGAGCAGUGAGCAGGGAUAUCCCAUCGAACAAAGGGGACUGCCUUCAGCAGCCGUCUCUUUCUUGGGUGUGGGGAAGUUCUGGAAGAAGGUGGCUGCAGUAAUGUUUGGCCAGAAACGAAGAGCUGGCAAACAGUAAGCGUGCGGAUCCAGUUUAGCCACACUCCAAAGAACAAGGUUUGUGCGUGACAAAAAUUUAAGCCUGACUUCAUAAGGAAACCUUUUCCCAUGGUAAGCACUACCCAUAUUCCACCUGCAACAACAACCUGAGUGGUAUAAUUCUUUCAUAACAUUCUAGAAAUACACAUCUUAAUUAUCCAGAAACAUGUUUAUUAACCUAUAGGGAAAAAGAAAAAAAAAAAAAAGCUCUAGACUUCUCUUGCUGUAAAAAAGAAAUCU